GCCCCGCUCCGCCUUCCACCGUGGCGGCGCCAUGGCGGCCUGCGGGCUCCCGGCGCUGGCCCGAGCGGCGCUCGGGAGGCCACCGCCUUGGGCUGAAGGCUUCCGACAGCAGCUGAGCUCAGCCCUCCUCUCGGCUUCCGAAGGAGGCUGCAGCGGCUCCCCUCCAAGCUCGCAGGGAACGCCCGAAGGAGCCGAGCAUCCGGCGAGCCAAGAGUUAACGGCGGCUGAACUGCACAUCGUCGGGCUGCACCGGGCCGCCUGCGCGGCUGGCCAGCUCAGCUACGUGGACCCAGCUACGGGCUAUGUGGUGUUCACAAGGCUGGCCCACUUGCAGAGAGGUGCUUGCUGCGGUUCUGCCUGCAGACACUGUCCAUAUGGCCAGGUCAAUGUGAAAGAUCCAUCUAAAAAGAAGCGAUUCAACUCCUAUUUUUAUGUUUGACAAUAACUUUGUCUCUGUUCUGUCAAAUUGAACUUAUGUUUUUGAAAAUAAAGCCUUAAUCUAGAA